AUUAGUUCCUUGUGAUCCUCGAACAACUGUUGCGAAAUGCGGGUUUUGGUUGAAAUUGGUCGAUAUCAUUUGACUGGUCGGGCGUGGACCCAACGUUUGGAUGUAUCGCUCGCUGUAAGUGCUCGGAGUACUCGGGGAAACAUGCGUCGCCUGGGAUGGUAAUGCAAGCCGGUACCCUGGGGCAAGGCAAGGCUUCUUUCCGGAUAUAAUGUCUCUUGAGUUCCUUUUUCUGUUUCCCUCAAUCACCGCAAACACAAUAAGACCUUUCACUUUCUUGGACUGCUUGUUUUGUUUAGCCAUUACUUCACAGAUACAAGAUGGCCAUCACACAAUGGACUGGAAGGCCGCUGAGCCUCAAGGUCCUCGGCACCAAUGCAGGUACUUCAAUGGAUGGUCUUGAUAUCACACACAUGCAUUUCACCCAAGAUAGUCCCGACAGUCCGCUGAGGAUGCAGCUUCUUCACGCUGGUGAAGUUGCGUUCGACGGAGAGCUCAAGAACCGAGUAAUGAGGCUCAUCAAGGAGAACAAAACGACACCCGAGGAGAUCUCAAUCGUAAACAUCCAGUUAGGAGAAUUUGCAGCAAACGCCAUCAUCCAAUUCGCACGGGAGCAGGGGUUCAGUCUGGAGAACGAUGUCGACCUCAUCGCCGGUCAAGGCCAGACCAUCUGGCAUUUGCCCUUACCCGAGAUGUUUGAAGGCAACCCACAACGAGCCCAUCUUGACAUGGCUGAAAUCUCCAUCAUUGCCGCCAAGACAGGCAUUACCAGUUUGUCAAAUUUCCGUGUCAGCGACAUGGCUCUUGGAAGGCAAGGCUGUCCAUUGUUCGUUGCUUGGGACGGCCUCUGCGCCACACACCCGACCAAGAAUCGAGCUGUUCAGAACAUUGGAGGCAUUGCCAACAUCACCAUGCUGCCCAAAGGUGAUCCUCAGCUUGGCUAUGACUUUGAUACCGGCCCAGGCAAUGUUUUCAUUGACGCCGCUGUUCGGUAUUUCACCAAUGGCGCUCAGCAGUACGACAAGGACGGAAAGAUGGGUGCUGCGGGCAAGGUCGAUCAAUCCAUCGUCGACGAAGUGCUGAAGGGACCCUAUUUCGUCCAUGACAUUCCCAAAACGACUGGACGAGAGACAUUUGGUGACACCAUGGGCGAAGAGAUCUGCGCAAGGAUGCUGGCCAAGGGUGCGACUCCCGAAGACUGCGUCGCUACCAUCACGAGAAUCACAGCAAAGGCUCUUGCAGAUGCUUACGAGAGAUGGGGACCGAAAGGAGGCAUCGACGAGAUCUACCUCGGUGGAGGAGGCUCGUACAACCAGAACAUCAUCAACUACCUUCGUGAACGCAUGCCGAACACCAAGAUUGCUUUCCUGGAUGAGAUUGGUGUUCCCACAGGCUCAAGAGAAGCCAUGAGCUUCGGUUUCAAAGGACUCGAGUGUGUUGUUGGGCGGUCGCUGAUCGUUCCUCAGAGAGUCGAGUCUUCCAAAGCCGGUAUCAUUGGCCAUAUUCAACCCGGUUCUGGCCUCUCAUAUCAUCGCCUUAUGAAACAUGUUCAGGACUUCUGGGGGAACUAUCCUUUGGAACGCAGGAUGGACCCGGUGCUCCAGAUGGAAAUUGUCCGAACAGCCACGAAUGGCGCAGCAAAUGGGAAUGGUCAUGCCUAGAUGGACCUUCGAAAGGAGUUGUAUCUUGGUAGGAGUACGGCGACAUUUUCGGUUGGAUCGAGAUAGAUAGGGCCAGGCUAGCAAAGGAAUCUAGAUUAGAACUGUCAGUAUAUUCAAGGGCUGUGCAACAUUGCCGUGCU